CACGAUGCAGAGAACCCCCAUCGUCUUUCACAUCUUACUUGAAUGUGUACAGUGAAUGAUGAUGCGUCAUAUUUACAUUCGAGCUUCCCAUCAUAUACAAGCCCUCAAUUUUCAAUCCUGGAAUUCCCCUACACCUCACAAUACCUCCACCUCUUGAGCUGAACCCAAAGCAUCUCCAUCCCAAACAGUUCCCCGAGAGAUCUCACCAUGGCCCCAACAUCCAGAAGAACAGUGAUGAACUGCUACGAGAUCCUAGCCAUCUCUCCAAACGCAGACUUGAAAGACAUCAACAGCGCCUACAAGAAGCUCGCACUAAAAUACCACCCCGACAAAACAACAGCAGAUGACGCCCUUAAGUUCCGGAAGAUCCAGGCAGCCGUGGAAAUCCUCCGCGACGAAGCCCGUCGCGAGCAACACGACGCAGAACUCCAGAGUAGCCGCGCUUACGCUUACAUGUAUGAGAACAUACCUUUUACUAAGAAGGAUACUUCUUCGGGGUGGUCUGCUACUAGUCCGGAUUUGUUUGCUCUGCGUAGUAUGCGCGGCCGAUACAUGUAUAGUUAUGCGAAUAGUGUACAUAUGGAUCCGAAUUCGCCGGAGUCCCAGGAGGAGAUUAGGCGGUGCGAGAGGGAGCGUGAGUAUGGGGAGCAGCUGAGGCGGGAGUGUGAGCAGUGGGGGGCUUAUGGAGGGGAUCCGGGUCUUUCGGGUAUGACCUGGACUUAUGGGCCGGCGGUGGAGGAACAGAUGAGGGAGGCUACACGGAGGGAGGGUAUGCGUGUAAAUGUGAUGCGUGAUGAGGAGCAGGUGAUGGAGGGUGAGGUGUUAGAGGAGGAUGUUGAGCCGGAGAGUUUUUUUGAGCGGAACACUGCUGAUACUAACGGACAGUUUGGGUUUGGAGAACAGGUUGGCGAAGAAGAAUAUGAACAGCAUGAGAAAGGUGGAGAGUACGGAGGAGAGCAAUAUUACACAAAGGGGGAAGAACUCGGAGGAGAAUGGUAUGAAGAAGGGGAAUAUGAAGGGGAGGAAGAAUAUGAACAUUAUGAAGCUUGCGAAGGCGACGAAGAUUACACAGGGUACGAAGAGCAGGAAGAACAUGGAGAGGGAGAAGAGUAUUAUGAAGAAGGGGGAUAUGAAGGGGAGGAAGGGUACGAGGAUGACGAUGAAUACGACGCGGCUGGAGGAUACGAUGGAGCAGAAGCAGAGAAGGAGGAUGCGAAGAGCGAUCCCGCUGAUUCUGAUUCCAUUACAUCUACGCAACAGACUCAAGCCGAGUAUGAAAGCGCACGGCAAGCUCCAGCCUCAGACACCGAGGGUUUGCUUGACAUGGAGAGCACUGGGCAGUCGGUCAACAUAGCAGAACACAUAAGUACCAUCCUCGAAGCAUGGUCGGACACAAACGAAUAUGAAACCUUCCACAGUCUGGGUGACGAAGACCAAGAUUUCUCUCAUAGUGACAAUGCAACUUCGCAUGGCACGCCCUCCGUUGAAUCUCCGCCACGCUCGCCUUCAUUCAUCGACCCUUUUAUCCCUCACUUCAAAGAAAAGCUCAACCAUCCUAGCGGCCGCUAUACAGAAGACGAUCUUCAUGCCGAACUCAGAGGUCUUGUAAUGGAGUCCUUCUGUGGCUGGAUUGAAAAUAUCCGCCUCAAGGUUCCCGGCGCUGAGCACGCAGAAACCGUGGAGAGCCCAGAGCAGUGUCGCCACCUAGGGUUUUGGGAGAAAGAAUUUGGGUCUUCGGAGUGUGAGGUGUGCCAUAGAUGGAUGCCCAUAUACACACUUUCCUGUCCAGGUUGCGGAAUCAAGGCCUGUGUGAGAUGUAAGUUUGAGUAUGAGAAGUGAUCCGCUCCAAUUUUCUUGCUUGGGUUACGGCGAUCUUACAUCGGAGAUAUGCUUGAUGACACGUAUAAGCGCUGAUGUUUUCAUAUAUUACGCUGAAAGUUAAAAAUGUCUUGUUCCUGGAUUUUCACGAUGCAGAUAUUUUGUCCUACGUUCAACACAAUAAACUGUUAUCCAA